UCACUUUAUAUCAGAUUUAGUCUCUGAUAUCUUAGUAAUCCAUCCCCAGACCAGACUCCACAGUACACACAACUAUGGCACUCAGCGAGGAUAGCAAGGACUUGCUCCAAGCCCAGGUCGAGCUCUGGAACCAGACCUACAGCUUCAUGAAGUCCGUGGCGCUUGCGGUUGCCUUGGAUCUCCGCAUCGCCGACGCCAUCGGCCACCACGGCGGUUGUGCCACCCUCUCCCAGAUACUCGUGCAGAUUGGUAUCAGCCAUCGCAAGCUUCCUGGUCUCCGCCGCCUCAUGCGCGUCCUCGCCCUCUCGGGAACCUUCACCAUCCAGCAGCCACGAGAGGGAGAGGCCUCACUGGACGGGCACGAGCCUGUCUACAAGCUGACGACAGCCUCCCGCCUCCUCAUGAGCAACAGCGACGGCAAGAGUCUGGCGAGCUUGUCUCCUGUGCUGAACCACGUGCUCAACCCUUUCCGUGACUCGGUGCUGAGCAUGGGCCUCACCGCGUGGUUCCGGCAUGACGAACAGCUGGGACCCUGCCCGUUCGCCUUGAUGCACGGCGAAACCAUGUGGGAGAUGUCCGGGCGCGACGACGCAGUGAACGCGACCGUCAACGCCGCCAUGGCGGCAGACAGCCGCUUCCUGAUGCGGAUCGCCUUGAAGGAGUGCCCCGAGGUCUUCCAGGGGAUAGACUCGCUGGUUGACGUCGCCGGCGGGGUUGGCGGAGCCACCUCCGCCAUCGCCGCGGCGUUUCCUAGUCUGAAAUGUAGCGUUCUGGACCUCCCCCAUGUUGUUGCCAAGGCUCCACCUGUUAGCAACGUGCAGUUUGUCGCAGGCGACAUGUUUGAGAGCAUCCCACCCGGAAAUGCAGUCUUCCUCAAGUGGAUAUUGCAUGACUGGGGCGACAAUGAGUGUAUCAAGAUACUGAAGAAUUGCAAACAAGCGAUCCCUUCAAGAGAUGCAGGCGGAAAGGUGAUAAUCAUAGAUAUUGUGGUUGGAUCUAAGUCAUCAGAUAUCAAGCUUCUAGAGACACAAGUUAUUUGUGAUCUCGAUAUCAUGAAAAUCGGCGGUGCUGAGCGAGAUGAGCAAGAGUGGAAGAAAAUAUUCCUGGAAGCUGGAUUCAAGGACUACUCUAUUAUGCCUGUUCUCGGUCUCCGAUCGAUCAUUGUGCUCUAUCCGUGAAUGCUCAUCAGGGAACAAAGUUAGCCACAGAAAUAAAAGCAUAUGGCAUCGUCAGGGCACUAGUGGGGCUUUGUCCUGUAGGACUGCUACUUGCUAGGGUGAAGUUUCAGUUUGAACCAGUUUGAAUUUCUUUUUUCCGAAAGACCCAGUCUGAAUUUUUUAAUGUUCAGUUUUCAAAGUCAGUUAACUUGAGUCUGUUCGGA